GACAGGAAUCAGUUUUAUCAUAAAACCUUGUAACUGAUCGUCUAACAUGAGGAAACAGAUCAAACAGGUUGUACUUGGUUAUGAUGUGACGUCUCUCUGAUGACGGAGGCUGCAACAGUUUACAAGUUUUAUUAGAAGCUUUACUCAAACUGUAACACAUGUUUCUGUGUUGUAAGUGUUAUUUUUAGUAUUUCCACAUCACUGGGGGGACACACCCUUUUUUUACACCACACCACUUAUAAACAUGUAAAAUAUUGUCAUCCUUAUGUUGGAUAUAAAAUAUGUGUACUGUAUGUUAAGACAUGAUGACAAUAAAAAGUGAUAAAAAAGAAAUGUCGAGUAACAACCUAAAAGUUGGUUAAAUAAUAAUAAAAUAAUAAUUAGUUUUCCUUCCCGAUGUCUCUGCAGCUCUUCCACGUGGCCUACGUCUUGAUCAAGUUUGCAAACUCUCCCCGUCCUGACCUUUGGGUUCUGGAGAGAUCGGUGGACUUCGGGCAGACCUACAAACCCUGGCAGUUCUUCGCCUCCUCCAAGAGAGACUGCAUCGAGCGUUUCGGACAGAAGACCAUCGAGAGGAUCAACAAUGACGACGACGUCAUCUGCACCACCGAGUACUCUCGAAUCGUCCCGCUGGAGAACGGAGAGAUCGUCGUCUCCUUGGUGAACGGCCGCCCCGGAGCGCUGAACUUCUCCUACUCGCCGGUCCUCAGAGACUUCACCAAGGCCACCAACAUCAAACUCCGCUUCCUGAGAACCAACACGCUGCUGGGACACCUGAUGGGCAAAGCGCUGCGCGACCCCACUGUCACCCGCAGAUAUUACUACAGUAUCAAAGACAUCAGUAUUGGAGGGCGCUGUGUGUGUAACGGACACGCUGAGGCCUGCAACGCCGAGGACCCCAACGACCCCUACAAGUUACAAUGCGACUGUCAGCACAACACCUGCGGCCUUUCCUGUGACCAGUGUUGCCCCGGAAACAACCAGUUACCGUGGAAACCUGCCACGACCUACAGUGCCAAUGAGUGUGAACCGUGUAACUGUCACCGUCACUCAUUCGACUGUUACUACGACCCCGAGGUCGACCAGCGGAGGGGCAGCCUCGACAUCCACGGACACUACAGAGGAGGCGGAGUCUGCCUCAACUGUCAGCAUCACACCACCGGAGUCAACUGUGAGCGCUGCAUCCCCACCUACUACAGGUCACCUGACCACGCCAUGGAGUCCCCGCUGGCCUGCUCCCCCUGCGACUGUCAGUCCCAGUUUACAGACGGCACCUGUGAGGAUCUGACCGGUCGCUGUUUCUGCAAACCCAACUACGCCGGAGAGAACUGCGACGUCUGCGCCAACGGCUUCAUCAACUUCCCCGAGUGUUACCCCAUCCCGACCUAUCCCACUGACAACGACAACAACAACGGAGAGGCCAAAACAGCCGGCGAGAUUAUCAACUGUGAGUGCAGUGCAGCUGGGACCGUUGAUAACUCCUGUAGACCGGAUCCAACCACUCGGACCUGCGUCUGCAAACAAGGUUUCACCGGUGACCACUGUGACACCUGCGCUCCGGGUUUCCAUGGACUCAACUGUCAGGCCUGUCAGUGCUCCAGUCCCGGAUGUCUGGACGGCUCGUGUGACUAUGUGACUGGUCACGGUGUGUGUCGGAGCGGUUUCCAAGGUUACCAGUGUGACCAGUGUGCACCGGGAUUCUUCAACUACCCGCUCUGUCAAUUCUGCGGCUGCAGCACGGUCGGCUCUCUGCCUGAAGGCUGCGACGCGUCGGGCCGCUGUCUGUGUAAACCCGAGUUUCAGGGACCGCGAUGUGAACAGUGCAGGUCUGGAUUCCACUCCUACCCCAACUGUCAAGUGUGCACCUGUGAUCCUCGCACCUCAUUGGACAGCAGCUGCACGGCGUCAGGUCACUGCCACUGCCAGCCCAACUACAGCGGAGCGUCAUGUGACCAGUGUGCUCCCGGUUACUAUGGUUACCCAAGCUGCACACCCUGUCAGUGUUCUCCGGCGGGCUCGCGCUACAGCAGCUGUGACCAGGGGACGGGACAGUGUGGGUGUCUGCCGAACGUGGUGGGACUGAGGUGUGACAGCUGUGCACAUGGCUCCUACGGCUUCCCCAACUGCCAAGCUGGUACCUGCCACCCUGCAGGCUCCGUUCAGUAUGCGGUGCCUCCGCCUGUGGGUCAGUGUGUGUGCCGUCAGCAUGUGGAGGGUCCGGCCUGUGACAUCUGUAAACCUCUGUACUGGAACCUCUCCCCUGAUACGUCUGAUGGAUGCUCCAAUUGUGAGUGCAACGCUGCAGGAACUAUCAGCGGUGUUGCAGAGUGUGCACAGGAAACGGGUCAGUGUCACUGUAAGCCAAACGCCUGCAGCGGGACCUGCUCCACCUGUAAAGACGGAUUCUACAACCUGCAGGAACACAACUACUUUGGCUGCCAGGGCUGCCAGUGUGACAUCGGAGGUGCAGCAGGUCAGUUGUGUGGAGAGAGGAACGGCCGCUGUCGCUGCAGACCCAACAUCGAGGGACCGAAGUGU